CGGCUCGUAGCGGCGGGGCGGCUGCCCGAGCUGCGACUGCCAGAGAGGAUGUGCGGAGCCCGGGCGGCGCGAGGCAGCUGAGAGCCUUCGGGCCCCAGGCCGCCGGGGCCCGGGAUGAGUUAGCGAGGGCCGCCGCGGGGGCCAGUUCCUAGGGCUGCAGGCCAAGGCGACGGCGCCGCCCGCCCGCCCCUUCCGUGCAGAGGCCGCCAGCUCCUUUCCGCGCCCGCGCUCCCAGCCCUGGAGACCAUGAGGUUCCGCAUCUACAAACGGAAGGUGCUAAUCCUGACGCUCGUGGUGGCCGCCUGCGGCUUCGUCCUCUGGAGCAGCAAUGGGCGACAAAGGAAGAACGACGCCCUUGCCCCGCCGCUGCUGGACGCGGAGCCCCCGCGGGGUGCGGGCCAUCUCGCCGCGUCCGUAGGCAUCCGCAGGGUUUCCAACGAGUCGGCGGCUCCCCUGGUCCCCGCGGCCCCGCGCCCGGAGGUGGACAACCUCACGCUGCGGUACCGGUCCCUGGUGUACCAGCUGAACUUUGAUCAGAUGCUGAGGAAUGUCGAUAAUGACGGCACCUGGACCCCCGGGGAGCUGGUGCUCGUUGUCCAGGUGCACAACCGGCCGGAAUACCUCAGGCUACUGCUGGACUCGCUUCGAAAAGCCCAGGGCAUUAAUGAAGUCCUGGUGAUCUUUAGUCAUGACUUCUGGUCCGCAGAGAUCAACAAUAUGAUAGCUAGGGUGGAUUUCUGCCCGGUUCUGCAAGUGUUCUUUCCGUUCAGCAUUCAGCUGUACCCGAGUGAGUUUCCGGGUAGUGACCCCAGAGAUUGCCCCAGAGACCUAAAGAAGAAUGCCGCUCUGAGGUUGGGGUGCAUCAAUGCCGAAUACCCUGACUCCUUCGGCCAUUACAGAGAGGCCAAAUUCUCGCAAACCAAACAUCACUGGUGGUGGAAGCUGCAUUUUGUGUGGGAGAGAGUCAAAGUUCUUCAAGAUUACACUGGCCUUAUCCUUUUCCUGGAAGAGGACCACUAUCUAGCCCCAGACUUUUACCACGUCUUCAAAAAGAUGUGGAAAUUGAAGCAGCAGGAGUGUCCUGGAUGUGAUGUCCUCUCCCUGGGGACCUACACUGCCAGUCGGAGUUUCUAUGGCAUUGCUGACAAGGUAGAUGUGAAAACUUGGAAAUCCACAGAGCACAAUAUGGGGUUAGCCCUGACCCGAGAUGCCUAUCAGAAGCUGAUCGAGUGCACAGACACUUUCUGUACUUACGAUGAUUACAACUGGGACUGGACUCUUCAGUAUUUGACUGUCUCCUGUCUUCCGAAAUUCUGGAAAGUCUUAGUUCCUCAAGCUCCUAGGAUUUUCCAUGCUGGAGACUGUGGUAUGCAUCACAAGAAAAUAUGUAGGCCGUCCACCCAGAGUGCCCAGAUUGAGUCACUCUUAAAAAAUAACCAACAGUACCUGUUUCCAGAAACUCUAGUUAUCAGUGACAAGUUUUCUAUGGUAGCCAUUUCCCCACCUAGGAAAAAUGGAGGGUGGGGAGAUAUUAGGGACCAUGAACUCUGUAAAAGUUAUAGAAGACUGCAGUGAAAAAAACAUCACCGUUGCAAAAGUGACAGUCUUCUCCUUUUUAUAUUUCUCUCAAUGGGAUGUACAACUGAAUAAAGGGUAUAGGAACUGGUUUCUGCUUUAAUACAUAAAUUUCUUGUUAAAGGUGUCCAAAUAUAUAAUAAUCCUUUUCCGUUAUGUCUUGAUUAAAAUUUCAAACUGAAAUUUUCAUUUUGGGAUUUGGGUUUUAAAAUUCAGUCUGUAUCUGCUUAAGGGUAAUGAUUCGAUUAUUAUUGAUUAAAAAAAGAAAAUUUUAUUUAAAUCGCAUCUGUUAAUCUUUUUAUCUAAAACUUUGUAUACGUUUCCACUUUCAGAACUUAUUUUAAGUACAGCAAGGUUUAUUUAAAAGUGUCCCGGCAGUAACAGUAUUCCAGUGGAAGGAACCGUUAGAGCUCUGCUGGGACGGCUCUUAGGAAGGAACUGUCUGACGGUUUAAGAACUCAAGUUCCGUUUGUUCAGCCCCUGUCAGAAGUCAUUUCAGUGUUACUGAUUCCUGUGCUGUUGUUACGGUUUGCCUGUGCUUUUGGCCUUCAUAUUACAUGAUUUCUGUUGGAAUGUAUUUGGUUAAUAAGAAAGUUUAAACACUUUUCACCUCAAUGUAGAAAUACAGUGGUUUUGAUUUUUAUUUUCCUUUCUAGUGCUGCCAAAAUAAAAU